UUCCGCACGUUUAAAGUAAAUUUUGUAUUCGUUAGCCGCGAUGUUUUAUUUUACAUAUUCUUUUUCUUGCUGCGUUAAAUAAAAUUGAUGUGUAAUUAAAAUUAAAAGAAAAUAAUUUAUUUAUUAAAACGACUGGAGUUCAUCAUUUAUCAUUAUAACGCAUCGGAUAGUUUGUUCUCGACGCAAAUGUAUCUAUAUAGUGAAUUAAUUUAAAAGUAAUGAAUCCUUCUGAAUUAAGAAUGAUGUGGAUGAGUCAAUAUAACCCAGACCGGCUUUCGCUUGAAGAUGGUACUUCCUACUUCAGUCAUCCUUCAGUUGGACUUUCUGUUAUGGAAGAUAUUUCCCAACAAGACAAUACAAUGGAUAUGAAUCCAAUGAUGAGCGUUGUUGGCGGAGAAUAUAAUGGUCAAGGAACAACAUCCCCUGUUGUUACAUCCGCUACACUACGGGUACAACCAACAACGGCCUUAAUAGCCGCUCCAAAUGCCAAUGAUUUAUAUGGAAUAUCUCAAGUAGGUGGCAUCCAUCAAAUAUUACAGCAAUCUUCUGCAUUCCAAGGAUAUCCAGAAAUGAUUGACCAAGAUGAGAGCAUUGAGCACCCCAGUACACAUUAUGUUACUCAGGUUUUCGAUCCAAUAGGCGAGAGUAGGGACGAUGAUGAAAUUGCUGGACUAACCAGUAAACAAGAAAUUAUUAAUAUUGAUGAUUUUGUCAUGAUGACCGACAGCAACUCAUUUGAUGGUACUGAACACAUUAUUGGAGUAGGAGAUAUCAAAUCUGAGCCGACAGAUAAGGGAGCAAUAGCUCCACAUAAGUCAAGAAAUCAAAGAAAAUCUCGCAAAAUUGAACCAGUCAGUCGGCCAGGAUUGGUGUUAAAAACACCAAUUGCUUACAAAGGAAAUAUAGAUCCAUCCGUUAUACCAAUACAAAAGGAUGGCAUGGCUGUCUGUGAACGUUGUGGAGCUAUAGGGGUGAAACACACUUUUUACACCAAAUCUAGAAGAUUCUGCAGUAUGUCUUGUGCAAGGGGUGAGUUAUUUUCUCUGGUUUGUAACAAAAUGAUUGGAUCAACUGGUUCAGUAACUAUACCAACAACAACAUUAGCUUCGGCUACAACGGCUUCACUAUCUGACGAAAGCCUCAUAAAUUCGAUAAAUCACCAACGUUCUGACAUUGAAUUAGCUCUACGUGUAUCUCAUAUAAAAAGUCCAAAUUCAAAUUAUCGAUUCAAAAUUACAAAUCAAUCUUUGACAAAUUUGAACGAUAAUGAACUAAUGGAUGUACCAGACGAAAUUGCAGCACAAGUCGAUAGCGAUGAAAAUCUGAAUCAGAAGAAUUUCAUGUACCGGGAUGCAAUUCCUCAAAAUGAUUUGCCUCAAAUACCAAAAUACGAACGUCUUCCUUCACCAUGUCCGCAAAGUGAAAGGAUUUGCAGUGUACGUCGGAGACAGGGUGAUCCCUUACAUUCGUACGAUUGGACGCAAAGAUUAUCGCAGUCAGAUUUUUAUGUAGCACCAGUAACUUGUUUCCCGCAUGCUCCUGGAUACGAUGUGUGGGACAAUAUUGGUAUCGACAUGAAAGUGGAGGUCGAGAACACAGACUGCGACAGCCAAGAAGUAGUGCAGCCGGGUCAAACGCCUCACUCUUUUUGGGUAGCCACUAUUUUGAAUAUAUGUGGGUACAAAGCAUUAAUGCGUUAUGAAGGUUUUGAUGAACCCUCACAUGACUUUUGGGUAAAUCUUUGUUCUUCAGAAGUUCAUUCGGUUGGAUGGUGUGCUACUCGUGGCAAACCUUUAAUACCUCCUCGAACAAUAGAAAGCAAGUACAGUGACUGGAAAGACUUUUUAGUCGAGAGACUAUCUGGGGCAAGAACGUUACCCUCAAGUUUUUACAAUAAAAUAAGCGACAGUAUGAACUCGCGGUUCCGUCUCGGUCUGAAUUUAGAAUGCGUGGAUAAGGACAAAAUAUCACAGGUCAAAUUGGCUACCGUGAACAAAAUUGUCGGAAAACGUCUGUUUGUUAAGUAUUUUGAUUCAGACGAUGGUUUUUGGUGCCACGAAGAUUCGCCCAUUAUACAUCCAGUUGGUUGGGCAACUACAGUUGGUCAUAAUUUAGCUGCUCCUCAGGACUAUUUAGAGCGGAUGUUGGCUGGGCGGGAACAAAUGAUUGAAGUGCAUGAUGAUGAUGCAACGAUAGAGUUAUUCAAAAUGAAUUUUACAUUUGAGGAAUACUAUAUCGAUGGGAAAAAGAAUGGUUUCAUUGAAGGCAUGAAACUAGAAGCCGUUGAUCCUUUGAACCUUUCAGCUAUAUGUGCUGCAACUGUUAUGGCAGUUCUUAAAUUCGGUUAUAUGAUGAUAAGAAUUGAUUCAUAUCAGCCAGAUGCAACGGGAUCUGAUUGGUUCUGUUAUCAUGAAAAAUCUCCGAGUAUUUUUCCAGUUGGUUUUUGCGAAACUCAUAGCAUAUGUCUAACUCCUCCAAAUGGAUAUGACCCCAACACAUUUAGUUGGACUACAUACCUAAAGGAAACGCAGAGUAUAGCAGCUGGAGAACAUUUGUUCCAUCGCAUUGUACCAAAUCAUGGAUUUGAACUUGGUAUGAGCUUGGAAUGCGCUGACUUGAUGGAUCCACGAUUGGUAUGCGUUGCAACAGUUGCCAGAGUCGUUGGACGUUUACUUAAAAUACAUUUUGAUGGUUGGACAGAUGAAUAUGACCAGUGGCUUGAUUGCGAGUCUCCUGACGUUUACCCUGUAGGAUGGUGUGUUUUAGUCAAUCACAAAUUGGAAGGUCCACCAAUGCAUUCAAAGAUAACUUUGAAAAUGCCUGUUAAAACAAAACACAAGAAAAAAAGAAAAAAGAUUUGUAAGCCAGACAAUUCUUUCGGUGGUAAAAACUUUACCCGACCAGUCAAUAUUAAAAGAGAAGCACAGGAUAAUCAGUGUGGGGAUAGAAACUUUUCAUCUGAACGCUUGGGCAUUAAACUUGAAAUGAAAUCAGAACCAUUGUAUUAUGAUGACGAAGUGGACGAGGAGGAAUUAGAAGAUGAUGAGUUAAGACAUUCAAAUCGAUCAACACCUUUACCUAUAUCACCAGAACUCAGUGAAAGAAGCAACAUCUCUACAAAUGAAAUUGCUUUGAAUAUAAAUCAAAAUUCAAACUCCCCAGCCCCACCAAUCGAGCGUAAAGCAACAAGUUACAUAGGGAAUUCAACUGUAUCAAAUAGCAAAUACAUUCCACGUCUAAUUGAUCUUGCACAAGAUCCAAUGUGCAGCCAAGCCAGCGGGGAACUUAUGCCAGAGACAUGGAAUGUAUACGAUGUUUCACAAUUCCUUCGAGUUAACGAUUGCAUUGCCCACUGUGACGUGUUCAGUCGGAACAAAAUCGAUGGAAGACUUUUGUUGCAUUUAUCAAAGGACGAAAUUAUUACUUUACUGGGAAUGAAAGUUGGACCGGCUUUAAAAAUUUUUGACUUAAUACAGCAGCUCAAAUGUAAACUGAACCCCAGUAAAUCUAGACUUCUAAGGGCAAAUAAAUUAUUUUUAUAGUGCCUUUUUUAUUUUUGCAUUGAAAGCAUUGGUCUUUGUUUUAAUUUUUUUUUAACUUACUGAAAACAGUCUAGAUACUAAGAAAGAUCAUUUUAUUAAGUACAUUAUUAUAAGUUUUAAUAAAUCUACUUCAAAUAGUUCAUAAGAAUUUGAUUGCAAUGUUUUCCUAUGAAUAACAAGAUUGGUAAAUAAUUUCAUGUAUAUAAAAGAAAACUAAAAAAAUCAUAUUAAAAAUAUUAUACACAUAAUCAA